AUGGACUUCUUUGCGACGGGUGAAUUCCAGCAGCUUUACAGCGAUCUGAAUGAGGAGCCACUGGCCAAUGCCGAUAUCCUACUAAACCAUACCAGUGCCUCGGACUUUGAGUACCCCUAUGUGGAUAAUAGCUUCCCAGGCGCUGAAUCUCAUCACCGGCAUAUGGAUGAUGAAUCGGAAUACUAUGGCAUAAUCACACUGGACAGCAAUAACAAUGGCAAUCUCCAAGUGGAUUGGCCAUAUACAGAGGACCCGGCUCUAUUUAUAGACUUCAAUGAUCUGACCGUAUCUCCGCCGGAUUUGAGUGACUGGGAACAGCGGCUAUUGGAUAACUAUGUGGAGAUUCCGGAACUGGUAGACUUUUUGCCAGAGCGAACACCCCUGUGCACGGAUAACUGUGCGGAUUUUCUGGAAGAGAGCAACAGUUGUCUGCGCUUGGCGGGGCCACCACCUGAGGCCUUCGAUUCCGAUCGAACUCCAUCUGGCAAUAGUAAUCCUGCUAGUCCUAUUCUUGAUACACCCGGACCAACUCCUGCCCUACAGAUUAGUGAAAAUGCCGCCGGUGAAAGGGGUUACCUGUGCACCUUCGGAAAUUGUGAAAAAAUCUAUGCCAAGCCGGCACAUCUAAAGGCCCAUUUGCGUAGACAUUUGGGUGAGAAACCCUACGUUUGCAGUUGGCCAGAUUGCGUCUGGCGUUUCUCUCGUUCGGAUGAACUGGCCCGCCAUAAACGCUCCCAUUCCGGUGUGAAGCCAUAUAAAUGUGAAUACUGUUCCAAGUGCUUUGCCAGGUCGGAUCAUCUCACCAAACAUCGAAAGGUUCACGAAAGGCGACUAUUGGCCGCCUCCCGAGCCGGAAGACUUAUCUCUGAAGACCUAUAUGCCGUAAGGCCUGGCCGAAAGCGCAAGAAUCAGCUUUAAUACAAGGUUUAUCAAGGCUUGGGAUUAGCUUUACAUAUUUUUUUUUAUUAAGUUAAAGAAACCCCACUUUUUGUUAAGUUUAUUAA